AUGGGCGACUUCGAAGCGCCGUCAUCUGAAAAGUUGUCUUUGAGGGCCAGGAGCAUAGCUGUCAUCGGUGCAGGCCCUUCUGGCUUGGUAGCCGCAAAAUACUUGCGUGCAGAGAAGGCGUUUUCCAAUAUCGUAUUGUUCGAGCAGCGUCCGAGAGAUGGCGGCAUUUGGAACUACACUUCUGAAGAAAGAGACGAGGACUUGUUCACGGUUCCCCAAAAAAACCCAUCGGGAAAGAACCAGGAUCCUAUCUGGAAGCAAGGAUUGGCCAACGGACACACUACUACUGGCAUUAAUGGUGCGAACCCUGCUUCGAAGGAUCCAACGUUCGUGUCUCCAAUGUAUGAAAGGCUUGAGACGAACAUCCCCCGAGGUUUGAUGGGGUUCAAGAACCUCGACUGGCCUCAAGAUAGUCAGCUCUUCCCCAAACACCAGACAGUGCUCAAGUACAUCGAGGACUACGGCAGAGAUGUUCAAUAUACAGUCCGCUACACUACUCAAGUCACAAAUGUCACUCCAACAAGCGACGACUCAGCCAGUUCAUGGUCUGUAACAUCUCGACAUUUGCAAACCUCUACCACCACGACAGAGAUAUACGAUGCCGUAGUGGUAGCGAACGGCCAUUUCAUCACGCCCUACAUUCCUGACAUCUUCAACAUUGCAGAAUGGAACAAGGCUUACCCAGGUCUAAUCUCGCAUUCAAAGUACUACCGCCGGCCAGAGGAGUUCAUUGGCAAAAAGGUAAUCGUAGUGGGCAACUCCGCCUCCGGCGCCGACAUCUCGAACCAAAUCGCCGAGCAUUGUACACUUCCGCUUCUCUGGUCUAGUAAGUCCACGAACCUGUUUGUCAGCGCAACACCUACGGACCCGCGGCGCCGCGAGCUGCCACCGAUCGAGCGGUUCAAUCCGGAGAUGCGAGGUGUAGAGUUCGAAGAUGGCACGAUUGAGAACGACAUCGACGCCAUCGUCUUUGCCACAGGCUACUUCUACAGUCUCCCGUUUCUGGAGGAUGUCAGACCGAAAUUGAUCACCGAUGGAAGCCACGUCAAUCACACAUACAAACACCUCUUCUACGCACCAAAGCCGACGUUAUCUUUCCUCGCACUACCGCAAAGGGUGAUACCCUUUCCAACUGCAGAAGCACAAGCUGCAGUUCUAGCACGCGUGUACUCUGGCCGACUAUCGCUCCCAUCUCUUGCGGAAAUGGAGAAAUGGGAAGACGAGCAGAAAGCUGAAGCCGGUGAUGGGAGGAGGUUCCACUUGUUACCCUUUCCGAAAGACGGUCAGAACAUCAAUGAGCUGUCCAAGUGGGCUCUGAGUGCUCCUCGCAAGGACGAUUUGAGUAACGAGGGACAAGGCAUGAUUCCGCCAGUGUGGGGAGAGUGGGAGUUUUGGUGCCGUGAGAAUUUUCCUGCGAUACGGCAAGCAUUCGGCAAGCUUGGUGAGAAGAGAUUCGAGACGCGGACAUUGGAAGAAGUUGGGUUUAGGUAUGACGAGUAUAAGAAGAAGAAGGCUAAAGGGGACGAGAAGCUGGUAUAGGAUCAUUGUAUCCAUGAGUAAUGCCUAUGUAACAAUGCUGGGUCUUCUUCACAAAUAGCGACUGCUCUCCUGGAUCAGCAGUUAUCCAACUCGACGCCUUGUGCUAAGAAUCCGAAACAGCAUCCUC